ACGCGACAUGGCAGACCUCUACCCGCCGUCCACCUACCAGGUCCGCCCCCAGCAGCAGUCCUACCACCGCUCCCAGGACGCGCAGCAGUACAGCCUGAACAACGACAUGGUCUACCCGCCGUCCCUCCUCUCGACCAGCAGCUCAAAUUCCAACUCCAGCUCCGACCAGAAUUUCGACGCGUCCCAGUCCCCUGCAAAGUCCCCCGAUCACCAGAGCCAGUCCCAGCAGCCGUCCCAGCAACCGUCACAGCAGCCUGCCACAACAACAAAGGCUGAACCGACGACGGGCAAGCCCCAGGCGACCUUCCUCACGAAGCUCUACGCCCUGCUCGAACGCCCCGAAAACCAUCAUAUGAUUAGAUGGGAUCCCACCGGUGAACACAUCAUCGUGGAGAAACCAGAACAGCUAGCACUGCACGUACUCCCGAGCGUCUACCGCCAGUCGCGCUUCGCCAGCUUCUCCCGGCAACUAAACAUCUAUGGCUUCAUGCGCAAAGUCAACCUUCGCAACGUCGAUCCCGCCAUCGACGACCCCGACGCUAGCACAUGGUCGCAUCCAACCCUCAACCGCCACUCUCCCCCCGAAGUCGUCGCCAACUUCAAGCGGCGAGUGCCCCCUCGUCUCCCCAAGCCGAAAAAGCGCGACAACGACCCGUCUCUCAUGCAGCAGGCGCCGCGAUCAGCAAUCGGGCUCGCAUCCAACUCCGUCCCCUUCAAUGUUCCCUCUUCCUCAUACCCCAUGGCACCAGGCAAGCCUCUCUCAUCACCUUCUUCGAUGGGACGUCAACGAGGCUUCUCAGCGCCAGGCAGUUUCACGCCUCUCAGUCAAGGCGGUGCCGCGGCCGCUGGAUGGGGCUCCAGCUACCCCCACGCCAGCCAGCAUCAUCAACAUCACAGUGGUCAUCACGCGAUGCGCAGUGCACUACCUCCGCUCACUGUGCCGUCGGAUCCCCCUGCCAUGUACACCCACAGCCCUGGCGGGCAUUAUCAGAUGAGCCCGGCUGAGGAGAACGGUCAUGGCGGUCAGGGCUUCAGCAACUUGCCGAGCAUGAGCCCGUAUGGGAGUGCGGGGAGCCAAUACCCGUACAGUGAUAACCAGGGCUCGUGGAAUGGGAGCCCCGCGGGCGGUCAAGGAGGAGGCCACUCCGGCAGCUUGUCAAGUCUGUUGAACCCGAGCAGCUCGAGUGGGUAUUCCCCCGGUGGAUACCACAGCUCGUCCUCCGGCCACCAUCAACAGCGACCCACCAUCAAUACGAAUUAUUCCGGAAGCCCGUACUCUUCUCUGCCGACCGCGACCUCGUCAUCAAUUCCCUCACCCGAUAGCCGACCGAAUACGGGUUAUUCCGUGUCUUCGAUGAGCUCGAUGCCACCGUAUGACGAGGGGUACAACUCGCGUCCCGGAUCAAGCGCGCAUCGGCCAGUCUCGCCUAAUGGCUCGCGGCCGAAUAGCAGUGCGGCCGGGAAGAACUACCAUAACGGUGCGAGCCUCUCGGUUCGCAGCUCGAGGGGUCGGCGGCACAGCCAGGCGAUGAGCCCGUACCCCUCGCCCUACGACCGACCAUCCACGAGCCCACAGCCACACGAAGAGACUGGGGGCCAUAGCAUGCAGCGGGUACGAAGCAUGAUUGCAUUGCCGAGUCUGCAGGACACGUACUUCAACCCGGCGCAGGGUGACUUUGCAUACUCGGCGGGUGGGGAUGGGCCGAUGGACAAUGGUGGGCACGCACCGCACUCGAGCCACGGGCAUUCGAGUCACGGUGCGGGCUGGCAUGGGUAUGAGCGGAGUGUGCGGCCCUCGACGAGUGCGAGUAGCUUGAGCGCGACGAGUCAUGCGAGCAGCGCGGCUGCUACGCCGCCUGGGACGGGUGUUGGUGAGGGCUUUGCGGAGACGGACGUGAACCGAUUCUCGCCCGACUUUGGGUUCGUGCCGAUGAACGAGCACCUGCCGCACUACGCGAAGGUCGGGGAGAUCUGAGGCGGACGAUGAAGAUGACUCUCAAAACUGUGUAUAUGCUCUCUAUCCCCUGCUGCGUCUUUUCCUCCCGUGGAGUCCGACCCCUUCUGCUUUGUUCCUCUUGCCCGCCGGACCAUAAUAUUUGGCUGUUCACCGCUCUCGCUCGUUUGCCGGAACGUUGUCACCUUUUUUCCCUCGGCCCUAAUCGCGUCUGUCUUCGGUGUGCUAUCUGCGUUUGCUUUCAUGUACUACUCGUCCCUCUCCCUUUGCAGGUUCACUCAAAAGCGGUAUACCAGGCUUGUGUGUGCGGUUCGUUUAUUGUCAUUGAUACCUCUGCUCGGUUGAUGUUAUCCCUUGUGUACGCGUAUACCAUUCCGUUGUUAUCCGCUGUGUGCUAUCAGAAAGUGC